UUACAAACCUCAGGCUCCCCAUCUUUAAAGCAUAACAAGUGGUUAGGAGAUUAAAAAGAUAAACAUUUGGCAGGUCAUUGAGGACGGUGUAGCUCAGAAAAUGCUGACUACUGCUAUUGUUACCGAUAAAAGACGAAGAUUUUCCAAGACCCGACCCUUCGCUUACAAGCCUUUAAGGAACUUGCCCUACCCCCGACCCCCGUCACCUUCAGACUUAAUUCCACAGACACGCCCCCAAACAGACCCUCCCCUUUAAGGCACCCCCCCCGGCUCCUCCCCCUCAGGCGCCUCUCCUCGGAAACCUUACCCCGGAGAUUCUGCCCUUUCGGACUCGGUUACGGAGGAGGCCUUCCGCUCGCAGCGGCCUCUCCAGCACCCCUUUUAGGCCUGGCACCCCUGCAGGUGCCCAGGCCGCACGCCAAACGCGGGCCCACGCCGGUUACCUGGCUGCGCGCUCGCGCUCUGCCUCGCUACUCACCCGAAUCGCACUUAGUCCUGGGCUCGCGCCAGCGUUGUGAACGCACAAUUAGUUUAAACUAUAGCCCCGCCCCCUCGCGCGGCCCUCUGAUUGGCCUCUGUCGGCCGUUGACUUACGCGGGGCACGCUUAAGGACCCGGGAAAAGGAAGUUUGAGGGCCACUGGGAAAGAGAAGGGGUAUCACCGCUUCCGGACCCCGGCCUGGACUUGAAGGCAAAGACAACCACAUAUCCCAGCGUCACCCGCGGCCUUAGAGCCCCGCCCAUGACAAACUACAGGUCCCGGUAAGCACCGCGUCAGUUCUUAUGGCGCCUGCCGGGUCGUGGUGACGAAAGCAGUUGCCAUGGAGUUGCCCUGAGUAACCGUGAGGCAGUGGCACGCCAAGACUGGAGAGGAAGCCACUGCGGGGAGUAUUUCCAUUUUAACCGGAAACAAUCCCUGAACCCACAGGAAUGAAUCCCUAAUGGUGGAGUUUCAGGCAUCAGUGACAGGCUGAACCCAGACUCCCAGGGCACCUGCUUUCACCUGAUGAAUGAUGGCCUGAACUAUGAACAAACGGGACUAUAUGAACACUUCGGUACAGGAGCCCCCUCUUGACUACUCCUUCAGAAGCAUCCACGUCAUUCAAGACCUGGUAAAUGAGGAGCCAAGGACAGGACUACGACCACUGAAGCGUUCAAAGUCAGGGAAAUCACUGACCCAGUCCCUGUGGCUGAAUAACAAUGUUCUCAAUGAUCUGAGAGACUUCAACCAGGUGGCUUCACAGCUGUUGGAGCACCCAGAGAACCUGGCCUGGAUCGACUUGUCGUUUAAUGACCUGACUUCCAUUGACCCUGUCCUAACAACUUUCUUCAACCUGAGUGUCCUCUAUCUUCACGGCAACAGCAUCCAGCACCUGGGGGAGGUGAAUAAGCUGGCUGUCCUUCCUCGGCUCCGGAGCCUGACACUCCAUGGGAACCCCAUGGAGGAAGAGAAAGGGUAUAGGCAAUAUGUGCUGUGCACCCUGCCCCAUAUCACCACGUUCGACUUCAGUGGGGUCACCAAAGCAGACCGCACCACAGCUGAAGUCUGGAAACGCAUGAACAUCAAGCCCAAGAAGGCCCGGAUCAAGCAGAAUACACUUUGAGGCUCCCACGACCCUAGUAGUCCUAAAGGCCUGAGAAUAGACAGCAUGGUUUGACAAUAAAUGAUUUGAGCUGUUGAGCA